GAUGAUUUUCACAGAAGUAACAACUUAAGUUAUUUAACAGAGAUGGUUGUUUUAUGUCCACAAAAGCUGCCUUGUUGGGGUACUUUUGUGAGAUCAUCUAAGCAAUUUGCAAAGAUAAUUUUCACAGGAAUAAUUGCCAAGUUAUUUAAUGGAGGUUGUUAUUUUAUGUCCACAAAAGCAACUUUAUGUUGUUUUUGUGAGAUCGUCUAA